AUGCGCUUGGGAGACUAUGUGCGUAUUGGUGCACAUUCCAUUGUCGAGGCUGCCCAGAUAGGAAGUCAUGUCGACAUCGGAGAACGGUGCGUGAUUGGUCGCUUUUGUGUGAUUCGGGAUGGCGCACAAAUCCUAGACGGCGCAGUGCUUGCGCCACAUACCGUCGUGCCGAGUCAUUGCAUCUUUGCAGGAUCACCAGGUAUGAGUGUACGCAUGUGCAUGAGUCUGACGCCGUGUGCAGCACGCAGGGUCGGCAUGCUUCCUGAAUCAUUCUCAGAUACCCAUGAGCUCGAAUGCCGCGCGUACUAUUAUGGCUUUCGUCCUCCGCGGUAA